ACGCGGGCGUCGGUCGCUCACUCGCUCGGAGGUAGUUUGUCACUGAAUGGUGGGGCCAGGAUGGGAUUGUGCAAGUGCAGGAACGUAACAAAUCUGUUUUGUUUUCCACACCGAAAGAAUGUGUGCGAAAAGUGCAUGCUGACGGAACACCCGAGAUGUGUAGUCCGUCCUUAUUUAACAUGGCUGCAAAACAGUGACUUUAGCACCAACUGUGAUAUCUGUAAACAAGGAUUGGAAGAGGGAUCUGUGGUACGCUUGCCCUGCCUGGACGUGUUUCAUGUCGAUUGCUUGAGGAAGAGUAGUGGUCAAGGGGCUGGACAGUGUCCAAGUUGCGGUGCAUCAAGUCGUCCUAAUGACACGAAAUGGUCCCUCGUUGCCGAGCACUUUAUAAAGACAUUUGAGGAUGGAUGGGGUCAAACGGCACAACAGGAGCAUGUGAUACCUACUCCAUCCAACCCUACCCUCUCAAUCACAAUUGGUGACAGUUCUCUGGAUCGCGCGCAUCUCCCUUCCCCUCGUACCCCCGUCUCUGGCAAAUCCAAUCACACAAAUAGUAUCCCCUUAAAUACUAUCAAACAACCAAGCAGAAAAACUUCUUAUCGUGACAUUAGGGAUGCGGAUGCAGACAAGUACGGACGACACAAUGCAGCUGGCGGCUGGCGAUCGUCUCUGGCGCGGUUAUGUGAUAGGCGCCUUAGCAUGCGACGUCUAAUAUUCUUGAUCCUACUGGCUGUAGUAGUCUUUACCUUCUCUACGACGACCAUGUUGCGCAUGUCCGUCAAGGAAUAAACUUAUUAACCAGCCAAUGAAUGGUUCCAAUGUGGAUUCAUUAACCAACCAG